UCCGCAUGACAAGAGAAGCCGAGGCUCGCUCAGAGGCAGAGCUUACAAACCGCGACAUCGCGUCGGAGCUGAGCGAGUCCACAACUUGGCCACAAGGAGCCUCGGGCGUCGCAGAAUUCAAAUCCCCUACUUAAAUAUAAAAGAGAGCGCGCGAUGAAGGAGGCGUACAGAGACUUGGGCAAACUUAGAAAAGCCGCUGACUCGGAGUGGAGAGAGGGGGAGAGGAUGGGGAGCUGGUGUCGCAGCGUACUCACUGUGUGGCUGUCGUGUGGUAUCUUGGGUGCCAGCCUCGCACGCAGAACGCCGGUGGAGGAGAGUGGGGUCGCAGAGAAGAUUGGCAGUGCGCGGUGUGCCUCGCGCUGUCUCACCCUGCACAUCACGCAACUCACCGCAGCCUUCAAAAGCCUGCAGAAUGAUGAUAUAUUGGUAUGGUGUGAAAAUAACAGACGGUGUUCUCAAUGUCUACAGCCUUGUAAAGAGUUGUGGGAAACCCGAACAACAUUAUCUCAGAUAACUUGUGAGCAGAAACAUCAUGAAUGUUUGACAAGUUCUGAGUUUUUGAAAUCUGUCCUGACGCAGAAGCAAGGAGAUUGUCGACCCCCUGAGAAGGCGUCAGGGUUUGCAGCAGCUUGUGUGAUAAGCUGUAGUUCCGAUCAUGAGUGCCCAGGCAGCAAAAAGUGCUGCUCAAAUGGCUGUGGGUUCACCUGCCAAGCACCAACAAAUAUGUUUAAAAGUGUUCCGUUAAAACUCAGAAAAGACUUGACUUUCUUAGAGGAUGAGAAUGGCUUUGUAGAAGUCUCCUGGAUGUCAAAAUUUAAUGUCUCCGUGGAGCCUGUAUUUUAUAUAUUGCAAAGAAGAUGGAAUUACGGCAUUCAUCCAAGUGAAGAUGAAUCAACAGAAUGGCAGACAGUAACAAUGACAACUGAGGAUCAUGCUCUUUUGAGGGACAUAAGACCAAACAGAUGGUAUCAGUUUCGAGUAGCUGCAGUCAAUACCCACGGUACUAGGGGAUUCACAACUCCCAGCAAGCACUUCCAUUCUUCUAAAGAUCCAACACCACCAGAAACACCAAAAAAUGUAAGAAUUGGCAGCGUUACCAACCGGUCUGACGGAACACUGCAGGUGAAAAUAUUUUGGGAUCCCCCUCAAGAUGAUGACCUGUCCAUCCAUCACUAUAAGGUCUCCUGGAGUCCAAAGAUACUAAGAAAAACCCCGAUGGCAACAAAGAAGGAAAGAUUAAAACUAACACAAGGAAAUACUUCGGAAAUACAGUUGGAGGGUUUCCAGCCUAAUGUGGAAUACCUUAUUCUGGUUCAGGCUGUAUCUUACUGGGGCCAGAAACGCUUGAAAAGUGCAAAAUCCCAGCUUGUUCUGAUGGCUGGACAAGAUUCCAUUUCUUACAACCACUCAGUCCCACUCUUGGAAGUUUCUAAUGAAUUGCCAAGUUCACAUGUAACACCAAGCAUUCGGAGACUGGAAGCUGCAGCUCCUCACUACUCUAAUCAUCAGCUGCAAGUUAAAGUGUUCUGGAAAAAGGCACAUGAUGACAAUCAUGGUGAUACUGAUUCCUACCUCCUCACUUGGACACCUCUGUUCUGUUCCAAAAAUACAACGAAAACUAAGCAAAAGGAAAAUGUGCAGGGGACACAUUUUGUUAUCACAGGACUAGCAUUUGCCUGCAAAUACAAAGUAACUGUGCAGCCUGCAUCUGCUGCUGAAGAGGGAAAUGAAGCAAUGGUGUUUGUGACCACUCCGCUGUGUAACUCUGUGAAACUCAAGGGAGCAAGAAACACAGCUUGUCUUCAAGAUGAACACACCAAUUUAGCUGGAAAAAUAACGCUUAGAGCUGAGAAAUUGAUGGCUAUUUUCCGAAAUGUAAAUGGAUCUAUUGUUGGACAGUUUCACUGGAAGGUUUCACAGAACCAUCCAUCCUCACUCCCAGUGACCGGAUACCAAUUCACGUGGACACAACUCUCCCUUAACAGCAAAGCCAGCUCACUACCAGACACCAUCAUCUCACAGACUCAAAUAUUACCACCGGACCAACUGCAGUUCACAGCUCAAAAUCUUUUGCCAGAGACCUUCUACAGAAUUCAAGUGCAAGUUCUUUCACUAAGUGGUAAUGGUCCUGCCAUUGCCAAAACAUUUGAAACACCACAGCUAAACUCUACGAUACUAUAAGCAUUCAAUAUCCAAAACCAGACUGGGAAACCGAUAUGAGGAACCAACUUUGGGAAAGUCCAGUACCAGAUUAGAUGGUGCCUGUAUCAGUAGUGCUUUGAGACUACGGACAUGAACAGAGGAGGGAAAUAAGAAGGAUUGUUCUUGAUUGGCUAACUGCCUGGUGAUCACGUGUUUAAUUAUGUAGCAAUGCUUAUUUUAUGUACAUUUAGAUAUUUCAUCAAGUUAUUUUUCACCAUCUUUUAAAAGUAGUCUUGAAAUACAAGAUAAAGAAAGGCAAAAUGUGUAAUGUUGUUUUUCAGCUAAUGUGUAUUUAUUUACUUUUUUAUGCUGCAGGUUAAAAAAAAUGAUCCACAAGCAUAUGGUAUGUGAAAUUUUCCCUUUAACACCCAGAAUUAUUACUUUUUUUUAAUUUGCCAAGGAAGAUGUGGCCUCACAAACCUGAAUUGGAUUAGCAUGUUGGACAUCAUUGUGUCGUACGUUUUGUAAGAAAGAACUGGAAACCUGCAAGGUGCAUUAAGUUAUCCAGCCAGUAGUGGGUAAGAAUUAACAAAUGUAGGACCGCUGUGAAAAGAAACAGCACAACAAUGAAAAAAUCAAGCGAUCUUUCUUUCUUUGUCUCAAAACAUAGACUGUACAAUUCUCAACCUAAAAUGAAGCAUAAAGGGUUAUACAAAAGACAAUUUGGAAUAUUUAUCAGUUUUAUUGCAGCUAAACAAAUACAUUAAAAAGACAGUAAUAAAGAAAAGAAAGCAUUUGACUUGUAGAUUUACUAAGUUAAAGUAAUGAGCCUGUGCCGAAUGUUAUCUUAAAAAAAUUGUGGCUUUGAAUAGCAUACUUUGAUUUCAAAAACGUUGACACAAUUUGGGUUAUUUUUUUAUUUUUUUGCAUGUUUUAGAAAGGCCCACUGGUGCUGGGUGAACUCCAUGAGCUGAAUUACUUGAGUUUGAGAAUGUUAGGGAAGGUAAAACAAUGCUUUAUUUUACUAUAAAAUAAUAAAAAUAUCUUUUCUAUAAUGUUAGGAAAUAGUAAAAGGUAAUCUGAAAUUUUGAGAAGUGCCUUCUAGGAAAUAAUGAAAUGUGGUAAUUUGUUAAUUGUUUACAGAAAUUAUCAUAAUAUAUGUAUUUUCUUAAGAGUAUAUAUGAUCUUUUUAUAGAAUUCAGUGUUUUUUGGUAAAAACUAUCAUUCUGUAACCCUUCAUUGUAUAAAUGGACUCAUGUUAUGCAAAUGAAUGUCAGCAUUUGUGUAAUUAUCUGAACUACGUUGUUCAUAUCUGAUGUCCUGUUAAGGAUGUCUGUCCGGUGUUUACUGCAUCGGUGCCUUCUACACAUCCCAUAAUAAUCACAGUAAGUGGUGUUAAUUUUGUUUUGAAUCAAUUACAGUUGGUGGUCUUCUUUUAAGUCUGUUGACUACCAAACACUGGCAGAUAUUUUGUGUACUCUCAUCUGUUAAUCGCCAUUUCUUAUAAAUGCUGUUUUAUUCGGAGAGGUCCCCUCAUUGCCACAGUAUGUCCCAGUGACUCAGUUAGCCAUUGCCUAAGCAGUACACAAAAUAAGUAAAAAACGGGCUUAAAAUGAGUUCAUUCUAUUAGAAAAAUAUCUAAAAAGUAAAGUGAAUUGCAGUCUCUACUACUUCUAAAUAUCUUAUCUUAACUGAAAUUUACAAAAUGACACAAUGACAGAUUGAGGGAAAUCUUGAACUGUGUACUUUGAAGAGCCUUCGAAAGGCCCUGAUCUCACCGGCAUCUGUUUCAAUCAAAAUAAGGACGAGUCUGGAGUAAUGGUGUACACAGAAAACAUUUAGUACCUAAAAUGAGUAAGUGCUUUGUUUUAAAUUGAUUACAUUUGAGUAAUUUGUUAAGAGUUGCAAAGACAACUCUAAAAUGGUAGAUGUCUUAAGUCCAAGUAGUGUAUUGCCUCUGUAUUUUAUAUUUUAUUACUUCACCUUUCUUUGUAUGAAAUUGCAUUAUUCUGUAAAUAUUGCAAAUUGUUGUACCUCAUUUACCUCAAAUAAAAAAUGGUUAAAUAGAA